AUGAGCGGCCUGAUACCAGAAAAAGUCAACAUAACGCAUGCGUUACAAUCAACCGUGAUUGAAAAGAUCAAAUCAGACAUCAAAGAAUAUCAAAGCUUACCAGAACUACAACAAGAGCAAAUGGAAGUAGUGGAUAAUUAUAUAGAUUCAUUAGAUUCAGCAUUCAAUCAAUUUUGUAUGGACAAUGACCAUGUUGAAAAGCGUAAAGAUGGAGUAACAAAUGCUGAUGUAGAGCUGUUUGAAGGGUUGAAAAAGAUGUAUUUAACAUAUAUGAGCCAGUUAUCUGAAAUCAAAAAGGAAAGGAUACAACAAGAUCAAGAGGUCAGUAAAGAUAACCCACAGGAAUAUAUGCAACAAGAAUUGCCAUACUUGCAGCCAUCAGAUAGAAACAGUUAUAUCAAAGAGCUAUUGGAAAAAUCCCAGAUACCAUUGGCAAAAAAUGAAGAUCUACUGAAAAUUGUUCAAAACCUUGCUAUAAUCGAUGGAACUAUGAAAGACAAUCUACGACUUUAUAGACAACUUCUUCUAAAAGUUGGGUACGACGAAAACUACGUUAAUAACGUUCUACCGCACGAAUCUGACGACAACGGAGCCAUUAUACCUCCAGAAAAAAAUCUCAUACAAGAGAAUUUGGUACAGGACCCUGAUAACAGCGAUGAAAAGAAGAAGAUCUCAUUUUCGAAGUAUUUGAAAAAGGAUAUCAAAGACAGCAAGGAAGUGAAUGAGGUGAAUGGAAAUGGCAAAAGAGAAUUGUCCCAUGAACCAACUGAAGAGCCCACAGCUAAAAAGAUCAAGAAUGAUAACACAGCUAACAGCGGAUUGAUAUCCAUUCUAAAAAAUGAAAACAGGAAAAAGACAAAAACUGUUUCUGGCAUUAGAUUCAAAGAUGAUUCUAAAUUAGUCACAAUUUUUGGGGAUGGAUUACCGAAUGAUGGGUUGGUUGCCUCUCCAAAACAGCUGAAGAAAAUACUAAAACCUUUCAAAGAUGGUGAACCCGCAGAAAUAAUCCUAGAAGCUUGGAAUGGACAAGGUGCUCAACCAUUGCUCAUCAAUAUCGAAGGUGUAAAAAACUCUGAUAUAUCAGAAUUAAGAGAUGGUCCCGUAAAACUAUCAACGCAGGCCCAUUCUUCAGUAGCCAAGAAUUUUUCUUCUUUCAGCCCUGAUUUAAACAAGCCAGCAUUAGAACCAGUUCAUAUCGAAGACGAAGAUGAUGUGGGUAAGGGAAAAAGGAAGCAAAGAGCCCCCAUAGUGGCUCGUGCAUUUGGUAGAAACUCUUUAUUGCUAAGGAAAGAUAGAGGAGGACUACCAUACAAGAGGGUUCCCGAAGUUCACCCUAACACGUACCCAAUAAGACCAGAUACGUCGGAGAACGAUGAUAACUACGAAGUUCCCACAUAA